AUGGCGUCCGCGUCCGCGCCGAGGUUCGUGAAGAAGCGCGAGGGCGAGGACGGGGAGGGGACGAGGGCGAAGAACGACGCGCUUCGGUUCGCGCGAGGCGCGCUGCGAAGCGAAGCGGCGAUGGUGGACGGGCGGCUGCUCGCCGAUUUCGAGUCCGUGCUGAGCGGGAACGCGAUUUACUUGCAGAAUUUUCACGCCUCGGCGCGCGACUAUUCCGUGCUGGCGAAUUUGGCGCGGGAGAUGGAGCGCGCGGCGGAGCUCGGCGGCAUGGUGAACUGGUCGAAGCAUCUGAAACACGAGAACCCAGAUUUUUCGGAAACGUUUCAGAGAGUCGUCGAUGCGAUGGCGGAUUAUUUCGACGUCGAAGUGUACGCGACGAGAAUGAAUUUUUAUCGAGACGGGACGGACUGGAAACCGUUUCAUCACGACUCGCACGCGUACGGCGGUCGAGCGCAACGCGAAGAUUUCACGAUGGGAGCCUCGUUCGGUGGAUCGCGAGAAUUGAUUUUCUUGCACGAACCGAGUGGAAAUACGUUUACGUUUCCUCAGAACAACGGUGACGUGUUUGCCUUCACGUCUGAGGUGAAUAAAAGGUUCAAACACGGCGUGCCAAAGGCAAAAUCAAACAACGACCCGCGAUUUUCCAUCAUCGCCUGGGGGCGUCGGCGAAGCAUAAAUAGUCGCAACGGCGGUGGAAAAGUCACCGAAACGACACGAGAGGCUACAAAUGAUGCUGAAAAUGCUGAAACUACGUCUGAGAAGUCGUGCGAGAUCACGAAGCCUCAUAACGAACUCGUGACCGGAAACGUUCUUCGAAAAGCAAGCGACAAUAGAGUCGAAUCAGCGAGGGAGUGCAAAGCGUGA